GCACGAUAGAUGCUGACCCUCAGAAACGGCUGCUGCCAAACUCCGCCCAUUAACACCGCUGCACAUCCUCCCACACAGUUACACUAGACCCUGGCAUUAGUAUAUCUCUGGCAUCUCCUGGACUCCGCUUGCUUGUGAGGAGACCGCAGGGUCGUAUUAAAGGAAGAAUUGUGUCAGGAAAUCACUGUACAGCUGGAAACACAUGCAGAUGAUUUCAUGCCCCACUUUAAAAGUGUCCAUGGCUGAAAACGCGUCUGCCAGGAUGGCUGUUGAAAAGGGGGAAAAAAGGACAUAUCAUAAAAGACACUGUGGCAUAAAUUUUCACCCAGAUGGACAGAUUGUCAAUAACACUCAUAACAUGAAGAGUGACCCUUCACUUGGAGGUACAAGUGUGAACUCAGAGAGCACUGACACUGGGAUCCUGUAUCUGAACCCUCAGACACCAAACUGGUCACUUGCUGAGAAGUUUGCGGAGCUUUCUCCAGGAGACAAAACUGGAAUCUGUGAUGACCAAGACCACAGCACUGAAGCAUUGUCGCAGUGCACUAAAUAUCUCGACAUAAAUAAAAUAAAUGGGCUUGGUGACGUGCAUUUGGAUGCUACGCAAAACAAUUGCUCGAAAUACGUCAGGAGCAACCAAGUGCAAAAACGGAGAGCCUCCAAGCUUAAAGAGCUGAAUGUUGAGGAGUAUUCUCCGGGUGGAGGAGGGAAUAAGACCAAAAAGAGGAAUGUGAAUAGUCCUUCUCUUAAGAAAUUACUUAAAAAGCAUGACAAUGACAAGAUCCCUCGACUUUUGGUAGCUAUGAAAAAACGUGGCGAAGUCGACGCAGAGCACCGUCCCUUCAAAUGUUCACACUGCCACUGGGCCUUCAAGAAGCUAUGCAACCUGCAGAGCCACUUACAAACACACACUGGCCUCAAGCCACAUGUGUGUGAUAUAUGUGGCAAGGCCUAUUCCCAUCAGGGCACGCUGCAGCAGCACAAGCGGCUGCACACGGGUGAAAGACCAUAUCACUGCCCCUUCUGUGUCAAGACCUACAUUUGGUCCUCAGAUUACCGCAAGCAUAUCCGAACACACACCGGUGAGAAGCCCUACGUCUGUGACACUUGUGGCAAGGAUUUUAUUCGCUCGUCUGACCUGCGCAAGCAUGAGCGGAACAUGCACACCAACAACAAGCCCUUCCAGUGUACGCACUGUGACAAGACCUUCAAUAAACCCCUCUCUCUGAACCGUCAUGAGCGCAAGCACCUGGGCGAAAGGCCUUUCUCCUGCCCUGACUGCGGGAAGGCCUUUGCCCUGCCCAGCCGCAUGGCCGAGCACCGCAAGACCCACGCAGGAGUUCGUCCGUUUGUGUGCUCCGUUUGCUCCAAGUGCUUCACAAAGUCCUCCAAUCUGACCGAGCACGAGGCCAUCCACAGUGGCGCGCGGCCCUAUAAGUGCACAGAGUGCGGUGUUGCGUUUGCCAUGGCCUCCCGCCUCGUCCGUCACCAGUACGUGCACAAUAAAGAGAAACCCCUCAGCUGCACGGGCUGCAGCAAGAACUUCUGCCACCUUGAGACACUGAAGCUUCACCAGGAGCAAACGUGUGCUGGGAGAAUCUAUGUCUGUGUGGACUGUGACAAAUCUUUCCAGUGUGCUGCAAAGCUCGCACAGCAUAUGCUGAGCCACAGGGACAAGAGUGUGUGAGCCUGUUUGAAGAAAGGUACUGUUCACAUCCUUCACCACGCUGGUACUAAUAACUUAAUUUACAACUAUAACAUUUUAUUGAUUUCAAAUAUUCAGUUCCAGACACAUUACAUGUCAUGGGACCCCGGUAUAUUUAUGUUGAGGUAUUUAUUUAUAAUCAUUGUGCUGUAAUGACUUUUAAAUCUCAAUACUCAUGUACCCUCUUUCCCCACGGUGCUGGGUUACCAUGAGUAUGGUACAGGAUAAAAAUUAACACUGCCUCGACACUGGAGAUGACAGCUGUGUGAUGUUAAAUUGCUAAGAGCAUUAGAUGGUUUUUGAAGUGACAAUAUUCUCUCAGGUGACAGUUGGUCAGGAACAUCUAGUUAGAAUGCAUGCAGAGGAAUCCAAUAGUUGUUGUAAACAAAGUAUUGUUGUAUAUAGUAUAGAAAGCACCAAGUGUCUGAUGUUGUCAUCUUUGUCAUGCUGGAGAUUUUAUUUUGUUUUGGUUUUCUAUUCAAGUAAUUUCUCUCGUUUUUGCUUGGUUUGUUCCAUAAGACGUAGCAAUUUAACGAUUUUAUGUGCUGUAUCAAAAUGUGAGUGUAACAAUUUACCCCAAAAUUGAGUAGAAAAUUACCCUAAAAUCUGUUUCAAAAGGCACUUACACUGGACAAAAAUACAAUAACAUCUGGCUUUUGUCUUCAAUGGGUUAAAUUGUCAUUCAUUACAUCCACUGCAGGUCAAAUCACACUGCAGUGGUCAGUCUGAGCUUUAAUCUGUAAGGACGUCAACAUGCCACAAACACUGUAAACCUGUCACCUGCCCACCACGAUGCAAGACUGCAUAAGAAACAUAUAAAGAUGGACGACAUGACCAUAGCAUCUCAAUCGCCCCCUGCUGACUGGGUUAUAAACCCCACCUCCUUCAUGUUAGUGGAUGGGACAUGGACCAAACUGUAAAGACAAAAUACAGGUCUAAGAAUAUUUUUCUUGAAGAAGGUUUGGUCAAGUGCUACUUUUUCUGGGAAGUUUGGUUUUAAUUUGUAAUUUAAUGCAAUAAAAACUGGGUGAAACGUCAUGAUUGACAGCUGCGACUGACUCACGGUCUACUCCCAUUUCACCAGUCUGCUUGGCAGCUAGCAGCUCACUUUCAGAUAAAUCUGCAGAUUUUUGUGAAUAAAACUGCUUUUUCUGUUGUGA